AUGACGAACGAUAAUCCCAUUACUCGAAAAGCAUUUCAAGGUAUUGCAGCGGGUAUUGGCCUCGUGUCGGAGAGCAUAUCGGCACACAAGGCAAAGAAGCAGAACCAGUCAGCCCAAGAGUCCCCAGAAAACAUCACAGAGAGGGAGCCUAAUUCAGAGGAAGAAGACAUUUUCAUCCAUGAGCUUUCUACUGAACAAAAUGGGAACUCUGAGCACCCAACCAGAAUCCUCGAAGAGCAAUGGGCUCUGGAUGAAGCCCAAGAGGAGAUUCGGCAUGGCUCCGGAGAGCCUGCCAGCUCUCCUCCACAAUAUACGGAGAUUGACGAGGCCAGCCUUGCACAUCAGUUUGCAUAUGCCCACCCAGCUCCGCCGCCCUAUGCCGUAAGCAAGGAAAAGCCACAGCCACGGCUAUCAGCACCAGUUGUUCUGCCCCAGCGGAGGCCAAAGACUCGCGAUCGCGGUUUCAUUCGAGCGUAUGCUCCUGCUCUGGCCGAUUGUGAAAUCGAUCAGACCAUGUUCAUUGACUUCCUCAACACUGCCGAGAAGGCCUGCCAAGCGGCCCAAUGGCUUCAAGCGAUCAAUUUAGCUUCCAUUGGAACGAUCUGGCUGCCCUCCGUGACUGGCAUUGCUGUUUCGAUUGCCAUUCAGAUUGCCACCGAUAUUGCGAUUGCGGCAGAUGGUCGUCGAAAGACAAACUUGUUUUUCGACCAAGUCAAUAAAGAGUUUUUUCAACCUCGUGGACUGUAUUGUCUUGUUAUGACAUGGAAUCCUGACCUAGCUGAUGCGCCUUCGACGGCUGUCGAUCUCAAUUCAUUGAUCUCUCAGACUGCGGGCGGUGGUAGCCCCGGCACUCUGGGACGCGUUCGACACAAAUUCAAAUCCUCUGACGGCAAAGGUUACGGUAACAUCUUCCCCGAGGUAGCGCCUCUUGUUUUCCCCGAGAUCGAUCAGUUGGCAUCCGACCCAAAUGCGGAGAAAAAACUGUCCAAGAUAAAGAAGAAAGGCCAAUUCGUGAGUAGUUAUAUGGACAAGAGAGCCCAGGCCAAAUUUAUUGCCAAGAACCCGGAUAGUCACUUGAUUCAGGGUCCCAAACCUACCUUCACCUCCCGAUAUGCCGACCCAAACCACCCCGCUAGCAGUGGUGACCCGAUUGCUCUGAUAACGGGCGGAAAGUAUAGCAUGGAUCAAUUACAGAGGUUAAAGGCUGAGCAAUCCCGCGGUGGGCGUGGUUACCCAAAUGAAUACCAGAAUGAUGGGUCUAUGCGGACACACUCCGCUUCUAAUCCGGCACCAUGUGCACCGUACGGUCGUCGUAUUGGGCUGAGAGACGCCAUUGCUCAAGCGAGGGACCUGAGGAGCUCACAGAGCUCUACACAGUCAUGCUCAAGGGAUGGCCACUAUUCUGGAGGUCGGGACUUCCCUGCCAGAGGAUAUUCGGCGAGCCAAAGGGAUAACCGUGGUCUUUUGACACCAAUUGCAAAACUUAUGAAGAAGAAAGUGCUUUAUCUGGCUAUUGUCAAUAUGCCAUCGGAGGAUGAGAUGAAAGGAGCUCACGAAGCCGUGCGACAGAUGGUUUGA